AUGAAAAAGCUUAUUGCACUGGGGAAAGAGUUUGGCUUUGAAGGCAAAGAGUUGUUGGCUUUUGUGAAAGAACGACAAGACGAAGAGAAACGGCGAGUCGAUAAAGAGGGAGAGGAAAGACAGCGAGAACGUGAGAGUAAAAAGUUGGAGGCUGAGGAAACGAACGUACACGGCUACGAGAACUGGAAGAAAAGGAAAAGGAACAAAUGGGAGAAAGAGAAAAAGAAGCUCAGAGAAAACAUUGAACUACAAUCAGCGACAAAACACUUUGGACAAAAUAGCAAAAGAGCGUACAUUUACAACAUAAUCGCCCCCCUGUUCAAUGUUGUGUGUGGAAAUACUUGCGCAAAAUGUUCCUUGUUUAGGGUGGGGGAGGGAGAGAUAGUGGUUUUAUGCUGAACAGUAUUUGGAAAUGCGGAGAUAUGUAUAUAUUAUAUCACUGUCCAAAAACCUUUUGUCACUGAUUGUAGGCAACUGGCAGAAUAUUGUAUCAUAAAUAUCAAGUAUUUAUUUUUUUAUUAUUAUUUAUUUUUUUAUUAUUUAAUCUUAUUUUACAACGGUAGGCCCUUCAGUGAAAUACGACUGAUUUUCAAGGGGCCGUUGCUAAAUUAAGGCACAAAAACAAAAUUUUACAUAUAUUACAUACUAUAAAAGAACUUCUAAAAAAGGUAUAAAAUGUUAUUACAGGUAUUAGUAUUACUCUAUUUACACGCUGGGGAUUUUUUCCCAAUUUCCGGCCAUAUCUUUACCACGAUCUGCUUGUGCAGCGGCCUCAUUAGUAGGCUUUUAAUGCGGGCCGGAAAAGCCUGUUCGCAGGCUAAGUGGGAAGUGUUUUGAAAAUGGCUGAGCUUGUGCGACAAGACAUGUUCGAAACUGUACUUCUGAGAGGUUUAGAUUCGUCAAAAAACAAUCUAAUAAAAUCUGGUUUAGACUUUUGGUCGACAAAGGAUGCCAUAGACGAGUUAAAGAGACUUAUUCCUUUGGCAGCUAAGAAAUAUUUGGGAAAAUACGGCGAAGGACAGAAAUUCACAGUUGUGAAAGCAUUUCCCAUGCUUUCCCGCAUUGCACAACGUUGGUAUAAAACAUUUAUGAGAAGAAUGAUUGCUAAAUGUGGAGUACGAAAUCCUUGGAGAGUUACAUUUUCCGAGUACCUCAGUAUAGAUCUAUUCAAUAUCAUGCAACAAAUCAUUGCACGAAGCUCGUAUGGAGUUAUCUGUAUGUCAACAAAGAAAAACGCAUUACGAUUGCUUUCUCUAACGAUGCCAGGGUUAGGAAUGUUUUUUGCGAGUUAA